UGUGCGAGCGUUACGGCGACGACGACCGUGUGUUGUUGUAGACUGUAGUGCGCGUUCACGUUUCUCCCCGCUCGCUCGCUCUCUGCGUGCGUGUGCGCGACCGUAUCCUCUCGCUCUCGCUAUAUCCAGUCCCCCGGCACCCACCAGCCCGUCCACCAUACACCGCGCCGCACUCUCGCUCGCUCGCUCAUUCGCACCGAACGUGAGCGCUGCCGGUGGUGGGGGGGUCGUGCGACGUCAGUGAACGCGCGCAGGCACCGCACGUCCGAUCUCGGCGGAAUUUAUCGCGUACUCCUCCGUGGCGGACGCCGAUAACGCGUCGUUUUGUUAACAAUUUUUUUUUUUACGUUUUUGAAAAACGCGUACGCGCGCACGUAAUCAGAAUAAUAAUAAAAAAAUCGUACACACACGCAGACGCGCAAUCUCAACUAAAACGACUGCAACAAUAAUACGACAUAAUGCCCAUUCUGCGCCGGGUACGUUCGCUUCGCAUGUCUCUAAAACAGCUAACGAUUAAUGAUAAUAAUAUCAAUAUAUUGUGAUAAAAAAUCAAAAAGAAUUCAUAAUAAUUUCGCACGGGCCACAGCGAUCGUGUUAAGGUAUUAUAAAAUUUCGUGCGGCCGUGACAUAAUAAUAUUACAAUAAUAUUAUAUAAUAUAAUAUAAAUUUAUAUUAUAUAUUAAAUCUCGUCUACGUUCGGUGUGUGCGCCAGCCGAGCCGCUUGGAAAGACGACGACGACGGCAAAGCCAGCCACGACGAAGAGGCGACAUCCGCUUCUCGACUCCGGCGAAAAAUAUUAUUAUUAAUUUUUAUCAUAAUCGCGAAAAAUGCAGCGGCGGUCGGCGCGUACGAACGGCGCCGUUGUGGAAACGCCGCGGCGGCGACGAUCGUAGUGCGUUCGCGCCGUGUGCGUGUGCGUGCGUGCGUACGUGUGCCGCGCGCGCGUAGGCAGUGUGCGUGCGUGUGUGUGCGCCGCCGUCGGUGUGCGCCCGCGCCGGUGUGUGUCGGUGUGUGUGUGUGCGUGUCAGUGUGCGUGCGCGUGUGUGUGUGUGUGUGUGUGCGACGGCGGCGUUCGUACGGACGCGACGCGCCUUGGGUGAGAGCCGCUCGCAAUAAUAAUAUAGCAAUCGCGCGUACCGGAUAACGUAAUAACAAUAACGACGACGGCGGCGGCGGCAGUGCAGCAGCAGCACCUCCACACGGUCGCCGCGGCAGCAGCAGCAGAUUGGAGCGGCUGCUGUUAGAUGCAGGUGGCCACUUUGUUCCGCGAGUCGGCCAAUCUACUCGGUGCCGCUAUGGAACCCGGUUCGUCGACGGACAGCAAUUCGCCCUCUCUGAAGCAACAGCAACAGCAGCAGCAGCAGCAGCAACAACAACAACAAUCUAAUAAUUAUGGUAAUUGUGAUGUUGUUAACAAUGGACCUCAGCCAGCAUCUUCUGUAAAACAAGAAUCUGCCUGUGCAGAUGAUGGAUAUGAAACUAGUGGUGGUGGUACCGAUGCUGAACAAGCUGCAGCAAAACAUUCGGCCGCAGUAGCCGUUGCAGCAGCUACUGCUGCUGCUGCAGCAGCAGCAGCUCAGCAUCAUAAUAAUAUUAUGAACCAGUUACCUCCGAUGCAUCAUCAUCAACAACAACAUAUGAAUACACACAUGCAUCCACAUCACCAUGGUCAUGCUCAUCAUCAUCAUCAAAUGAACAACAUGCAACAACACCAGAUUAAGUAUGAUAUGCCUGAUGAUCCAUAUAGUUUUGUUGAUGAAGAAAUGCAGCAUCAUGGUCAACAAAACUUACAAUACACUGAAGAAAUGAUUCUACAACACAUGCCAAAGAAGCGAGGCAGGAAGAAAAAAUUCAAACCUGAGGAUCAGAUGAGUUUGCAAUGCUUAAACCCUGAUCAAGCAUUUGGAUUGAUGCAACAUAUGUUGCCAAAAGAUAAACUUUUGACAAAUCCUUCCAAGGUAUACAAGGAAAGAAAAAAACAUGACCGUUUUAAUGGUAUGCCUGAAGAAGAGGUAUCAAAGCGUACUUUACCUGACCAUCUAACCAAUAAUUUAGAUAUUGUAAUUAUUGGUAUCAAUCCUGGUUUAUUUGCUGCUUAUAAAGGUCAUCAUUAUGCAGGUCCUGGAAAUCAUUUCUGGAAAUGUUUAUACCUAUCUGGUCUUACACCAGAACCCAUGACUGCUGAUGAUGAUUAUAAACUUCUUCAAAAUGGUAUUGGGUUUACCAAUAUGGUGGAACGAGCUACAAAAGGUAGUGCUGAUCUCACAAGAAAAGAAAUUAAAGAAGGAAGUCAAAUUCUUCUCGAAAAGCUACAACGAUUUAAACCAAAAAUUGCAGUAUUUAAUGGAAAACUUAUUUUUGAAGUGUUUUCUGGGAAAAAAGAUUUUACAUUUGGUCGUCAACCAGAACUCGUAGAUGGAACAAAUACGUAUAUGUGGGUAAUGCCAUCAUCUAGUGCCCGUUGUGCACAAUUGCCACGAGCAGCUGAUAAAGUACCAUUUUAUGCAGCGUUGAAGAAGUUUCGAGAUUAUUUAAAUGGUCUGGUGGCCGAAAUUGAUGACAGUGAAGUGGUAUUCUCAUUUACUAAAUUAAAAAAUUAUUAUGAGCCAGAUAUCAAAGAAGAACCUAAAGAUGAAGUGCCAUCAGUGUAUUUCAACAAUUAUAAUUCUGUAGUUGAAAACCAAGAAACAUUAGAAAAUAUUGCCGAUGUUAAGGAUGAACCACCUGUGGUUCAAAAGAAAAAACGAGGGCGACCGAAGAAAAUAAAAACUAAAGAUGGAAUACCUGAAGAAGUGAAAGUCAAACGCCCUAAACCUCAGGUAGUAGAAGAACGAGAAGGAAUGCCUAAAAAGAAAAGAGGCCGGCCAAAAAAAAUUAAGCCUGACCCAAAUCAGUUACCACCAACAAAUAAUGUUGUGCCACCAGUUUUGUCUUGUGAACACAGUAACCCAUCAACUCAAUUAUCUAAUUGUUUCUCUCCACCAAUUCAGUCUCCGAUGAACUUGUCACAGUUAUAUGGAGGAAAUAAUGUUAUAAAUAAUAUAUAUAACAACCAAAGCUCUUCACAUUCACCAAUAUCUAAUAGUGGCGGUGGUGGUGGAAGUGGAGGUGGCGGUGGUGGUGGCAGUAGUGGUGGAAACAACAAUGCGAAUUUUCACCAUCAUCGUUCGCCGAUUCAAUCUCAACAACAUAGGUAUUCACAGUCACCACAAGCUCCAUCCUUCACACAUUCUGAUUUGUCAUCAGAAAUCAGUGCAGCUAUCUCUUCAGAACAUAAUUUAGGAUCACGAUCUCCAGCAUCACCCAGUUUGGGUCCCCCCGAUUUUGAGCCACCAGCUAGCCUGUUGGCCGAAGAUAAUAGUCCUCACAGCAGUCAACAUAGUGGCGGUGUAACCAAAGAAGAUCUAAUUGGCGUUGACCAACACUCUAGACCAUCACAAAUGGAAUGUCAGUUUAAUAAUUCAAUCGGUGGAUCACAGCAACCACAAAAAACGAAUACAAAGAUGGAUAUGCAUCAUUAUCCUCAAUCGCAUGGAUAUGAUGAAUAUUCAGGCAAUGUAGAAUCUGUAGCAGGAUCUCCGGCCUAUCCUCCAGCAGAAUCUCCAGUAUAUCCUCCACCACCAACUGGAUAUCCUCAACAACAACAACAACAACAGCAGCAGCAGCAGCAACAACAACAACAUCCACACCAACAAAAGAUAACAAAUAAUCAAGAUGUUACAGCAAAAAGUUUGUCAGGCUUGGAAUCUUUGGUUGAACAAAUUCCUAACAUGAAUGAUAGUGAUGUACAGCAUGGUGGACAUCACCAUCAUCAUCAUCAGUAUAUGGAUGAAUCAAAUUCAGGCUACAUGCCCAAUGAUUACUCUUGUUCCCCCUCUUUAAAUUAUUCUUAUUCGUCAUCGCCUUGUGCACCCCAAGGAAAUAUGAACAACUUUUCAGUAAGUUCGUUAACAAAUGGGGCAAAUCAUCAUCAUCAACAAGCCACAAUGUCUCAACCUUCGACAUUCUCUGUUAGCAAUCUUACAUCUUCAUCGUACCCACCGCCACCACCUACAAUAAAUUAUAAUCAUCAUCAUUCGGGUGGUGUUAUGAUGGACAUGGAUAGACUACAACAACAGUAUCAACAGCCAUACAACAAUCAGUAUGCCAGCUCAAUGCAAUUUAAUGGGGGAUUAGGACCACCUGGAAAUGGAUAUUCACAUAACACUCACAACAUACACAUGCCAACUCCAAAUUUCCCUUAUCCACCUCAAAACUCCAUGUCUUAUGGUAACAACAAUAGUGGUAAUGGAGUUUCACCUUAUAUCCAAUCGAGUGGUGGGUAUUUGUCUGUAAACCGUAUGGAUAUUGGAUAUGGUGGUGGUAACUAUUAAACUCGCGGAAACGCUGUAAAAAGACUGCGAUAUUUUCUCUGAUAUUUUUUCAACCAUCGCAUUGUAUUAAUCUCUUUUAUCAAUUGUUUAUAAUAAUAUUAUUUGUAAAUAUUAUAAUACUUGGUUAUAUAUUCAGGGAACGGUUCAUUGACGACUUGUAUGCAACUAUGAGAAUAGUUUGAGUUAUUAUCUCAUGAUAUUUAUCUUUUAUCAAUCAUAUUACAUUUUUUUCAUAUCCUGAAUUCGAUUUAAUAACAUGUAAAUACUCUUAUUUUACUUUCAUAUUUUUAUUUAAUAAAUUUGAGUAAAAAAAAAUACGCCGAAGUUACCACAGAGUAUUAAAUUUACUAACUUCGUAUACAAUGGCACACUAGAUUCUUAUGAUAAAUUUAUAUUUUUCUCUUUUUAUGAAAAUUCUACCUUAAAAAAAAAAAUAAUCUGUUAAAUAAAACUAUUCUCUAUUUGUUCGGCGAUAUCGUAAUUUUGCGAUUUUAACUCGAAUUUGUUCAAUGUCAUCUUUUUGCUCAACCAAUAUUAUUGUUAUAUUAUUAGAGUAAUACAAUAUUUUCACGUUACCAAUAUUUAUCCUCCUAAGUAUUUUUUGUUUUCGUGUACAUUGGUAUAUUAUUUGUUCAAAUGGUUCGUGGGUUCCUAUCAGUUGAUUUAUGAUUUGUCCGAAAGUAUUGUGAUUAUUAUAUACAUUUUGACUGGGUUUGUGCAAUUAAAUCAGUUACCUCCGGUUCGUUUAGAUUAUAUUGGUCCAAGAACCGCCAAAUUCAUAAUAUAUAUAUAUAUAUAUAAAAUAAAAUGUUAUAUAGAUAGAAUACAUCAAAUUAUUAAAUUUGACUUAGAUUGGACAUUCCAAAAAAAAAAUAAAAAAAUGGAACUUCUUGUUAACAAAUGUAUGUAAUAAAUCAUAAUAAAGGUUUGAUACAAAAAUCACUGUGUUUCACAACUGUUUCACUUUUAAAUAAUUUUAAAAUGUGCAAGAAUUAUUUUAUUUCAACACAAUAAUUUUACCCCAGCAUAUAUCCAAUUUCAACUGAUAAUAUUAUUGCGAAACUCCAAAACGAUCACACUUUAUUCUAAUUAUAUUAUUAAAUUAACUUAGGAAAAUAACAACUUCUAAGAUCUAUAUUUAAUUAAUAAGUAUAAUGUUCUAUAAUCGCAUUCUGAAACUGCAUAGAUCAUAUAUGUCAGUUAUUAUUUAUUUAACACUUUUUCAUUCGAUUUCUAUGUUUAGUUUACACCAUUAGUAGAAUUUUAAGUGUAUAUUAUAAAAUAGAACUUAACUAAUAACAUAAGAGGAGCAAAUAUAAUAGCAUAGUAAGAGUAUUAUAUAUACCAUCUGUAUUGAGAAGACAUUUUGCUUAUUGAAUGAACAUCAUUUGAUUUUAAAUGUGCUUAAAUGAAAAAUAAUACUCAUUUCUAUUAAAUUUUUAAAGAUUUCGUUAAAAUGU